UUAUCUUCAACCAUCUUCAAAAUCCUUCAAAACAGCUUCAUAGAUAUCUUUCUGGUCUCUAUAUCCUCACAAUCUCUCGGAGAGCUUGACGACCCAAAGAACCCAGCAACAUGUCUCUUAGGCCACGAACCACAUCCACCAAGCAAUUAUCCAUACCUGAGGUAUCCACACAAAGUUCUAGCUCGACUACCAGCAACGAUAACAGUAACAAUGUGCAGCCUGAGACUCCAAAAUCCCCAUCAAGACCACCCACCUUAUCUCAACGUGCAAUCUCGCAAACCCUAACAAGCACGGCCAACCUAGCCAACCUUCUUCCCACAGGAACCCUCUUGGCCUUCCAGCUUCUCACCCCAUUCUUUACCAACAACGGUGCUUGUGAUUCUGCCACACGCCCAAUGACUCUAAUCCUCCUUGCUCUUCUCGCCCUUUCUUGUUUUCUUGCUUCCUUCACGGAUAGCGUCAGGUCACCAACGGAUGGAAGAGUUUACUAUGGUCUUGCAAGCUUUAAAGGGAUGUAUCUGUUUGACUGCCCUGAUCCUGCUGCUUCAGGCUUGGUUGAUCUGAGCAAGUUCAAGAUGGGGUUCAUCGACGUGGUUCACGCAGUUUUAUCAGUGCUCGUGUUUAUUUCUGUGGCUCUGAGGGAGAAGAAUGUUUUGAGCUGCUUUUAUCCUAUGCCUAAACAUGAGACUCAAGAGGUUUUGAGUAUUGUCCCAAUUGGGGUUGGUCUCAUCUGCAGCUUGUUGUUUGUGGUUUUCCCUACCAGAAGGCAUGGGAUCGGCUACCCCGUCGUGCAAGGCAAAUAAUUGCAGCUAGUCCUUAAUUUGUAUCAUAUGAUAUUCUCUUUAAUUUAAUUUGUAAUAUUUCUUAGAUUAUUUUGUUAUUAAUUAUUCUUAAAAAAAAAAAACUAAUUGUUGUUGAACAUUCACUUGUAUUAUUUUAAUUUUUACAUAUAUAGAAAUUAAUGGGAAGGUCAUGAGAUUAUUCAUUGUUAACCAGAAAA